UAUGUACAGACAUCAUAAUGUGCUAAUGACUUCCUACAUAAUAUCAAAAGCCAAAUGCAAUAAUGAUAAUGAUGCUUUGAAAGUAUUGUUCUGAACUAUUAAGUUUCAGUGACAAUUGCUGGAAAAUAAGUGGUAUUAGUGAUUAUGUUGCUGGCUGAAAAUUUAGACUUGAACCACUGUGAUUGAUCUAGUGUAUAGAGAUAUUGAUGCUUCCUUACCUGUACUGUGCCUUACAUUGGCUAAAUAGUCAUUAUAAAAGUUGUUGUGAACUGAAAAUGUGCUCUUGCUUGCUGCUUUAAAAAUUGCUAGUGGUGCUAGAGAGAUUAUUGAGUGCUUCAAUAUAGUUUCAUUAUUGACAAUUAUAUGUCCAAAGCAAUACAAGAUUUGUUAAUUUUUUUGCUACCAAGUUGAUCUAUCUAUCAUAAUCUAUGAUCUACUUCAGGUGCUCAAAUUUUUAGCAAUUAAAUAUCAGUGAUUCUAGAAAUAGUUGGGUGAGCAUUUAAUGUAGAGAUAAAGUGCUAAAGUUUCUGUGCCAGAUAAGAGCCUGCACCACUGAACAUUAGUGAACAAUUUACGAUAGGUUUUAUGAACCUGAAUUUGUUUGACCAAGUUUUAUACUACAUAUAAUACUCCUGGAUAUAGUACAUUUAAUACUUUGACCAACUGUGAAAGAUAUUUUAGUAAAUGAACAAUGAAGUUGUGCUCUUGAAAUACUAGUUUGCAACUUGUGAUCAAGUGUUGAGUGGCCAAGAUACAGGAAUAACGUAACAUUACAUAACUGCUGAUAGACGAGUUCAGAUGAGCAUCUGUUGUUUGGCCGCCUUUAAUUACUAACUUGUUUCUGGGAGUAUAAUAUAUACACAGGAACGUGUAUUGAUCAUUGGCAUACACGCUUAUAAUUACUGCCCAUUUACAAAGAAAUGAAUAAAGAUGCCUUGGUACUUCUUCUUUAUGGAGUAAUAAACUGCCCUGAAAUCUUCUGAAUGUGAUUGAUGCGCACAAGAAGAAUGCUCAUCAAGUUGUUUUCAUUGUCAGAUGUGACAUGGAAACAAGCCCUGCCCAAAUCGACCCUUGCCAUCGCCUGCAAUGAAUUCAGUUGUUCAACUACCGUGCAGAAAUAUUUUAUACAUUAUUAUUACUACUUAUCUUGUUGAUAUAUCUCUAUAUAAGCACAAGUGUUCAGCAUAUCACUCGUAAUUGUGAGUAGUCCUUUCACAUGUAUUGAAGCUUGCGUCAAAUGUCGUCGAAAGCGCUCGCAUAUAUUGUGUGUUACGAGAUCUCAUCGUUCUACCGAACAACCACGAGUCAGUAUUCCUCUUGUGCAGUGCUCAAAGUUUUAGUAUAAUUUUAUUAGAGUUUUCAAAUACUUUCCAUGCACAAACUUUGCAUUCCAAAGCUGCAUUUCAGUCGCGUCACUCACUAGUGAUCGCCUCCUCUGUCUACAAAUACAAUGGUACCUGCGACAACCUUCGUGUUAUCCUGCACAAUAUCGCAACAUACUUGAAUGUUAGUAUAGUAAUGUAACAUCCGAGCCCUCAUGUUCAAACUGAGGGACCAAGAUUACUAAAAACAUAUUCGCACAUAUACUGCUAAGAAAUUCAAGAUAUUGAAAAUUGAUAUUGCAAGAUUGCAACGGCACAGCGCACUCGAGCACCACCAAGAUCUCAGGAUUAUUCUAUUGAAACUUUUAACCAUCGACAGCAUUCCUCAUCCAGCUCUUCUUUUUUUGACAUGAUACGCUUCUCUAAAUGAUGAGAGCGUCAGCGAGCCUACAUUAUAACUUGGUCGCAAUAUACGACAAUCUACUUUGCAUCUGAGCUCACGUAGCUUCAAUCACUCAUUCCUGUUUCCGUCACAGUUAUAAAUUUCCUACCCAUAAGGCGCGAACCCGAGUUCCAUUUCUCUGUCAUCCAACGCGCGUCAACCAACCGGCCCGUGAACUUUGAUCCUAACGCAAUCCUUCAAUCGUACGCGAUGGCUGUCUCGCGUUGCGUCCACUCAUCUCAACGCCGUGCGACCAGCCUGCUGUAGCGACGCCGUGCCACCAGCCUGCUGUAGCGACGCCGUGCCACCAGCCUGCUGUAGCGACGCCGUGCGACCAGCCUGCUGUAGCGACGCCGUGCCACCAGCCUGCUGUAGCGACGCCGUGCCACCAGCCUGCUGUAACGAGCUCUGCCAAACCACAGCCUCCCAACCAUGAGUUUGCAGCGCCGCAUUCGCCGUCGUCUAUCACAAACGUUCUCUCGGUACCAUGACAGUGGCAGCCUCAGCGAACUAGCCGAACACCUCACGCUUGACGAACAGAACGCUGCUGCCAACAAAAAUGGGGGUGCGGUGACCCCUGCGUUCACACGCAUCAGCCGAAGACUCUCCCUCUCCACCAGCAGGAUAUUCUCCGACUUCCACAAGCCAGGCGUUGUGCACGAGGCGCCUGGGGGCGACGCGGGCCGCAGGGGCAGCGACGGUGAGAGCGAAGAGGCGUCAGGCGCCAGCGACGACGUAACGCCUGCAGUCAAGAUGAGGCAUAAGGCGCGCAGACGCCUCACGCAGGAGGACAUAAACAAACGUCUCUCCCUGCCUGCGGACCUGCGUGUGCCUGAGGCGUUCCUGCAGAAGCAGGAGCUGCGGGGCGACGCUCCCCUCAGCCGCGUCAGCAGGCGCAAGUCGCUCGCUGAGCUCGGCUUCGGUCGCAUGGAGACCUACACAAAACUGGAUAAGCUCGGAGAGGUGGGCGCAGCAUCCGCUUUUGGCCGGUCGACCCUUGAAAAUAAUAUUAUUCAACUUUUGAUAAUACAAAUGGAGCGUCAAGAUGUUAUCUUUUACUGUGUUGAAACUUACUGUAUUGAAACUUUAUUUACACUACACGACAUCUUAUAUCGUGUUGUCGUUACAGUGACGCUACACGAUAUCGUGCACACCGAGAAGAGCCUCACGCUCGUCUUCGAGUAUCUUGACCGCGACCUGAAGCAAUACAUGGACGAGAAUGGCGCUGCUCCGCUCUCUCUUAACAACGUCAAGAUAUUCCUGUUCCAGCUGGUGCGAGGGCUGGCUUACUGCCACCAGCGACGAGUUCUCCACCGAGACCUUAAGCCUCAAAAUCUUUUAAUCAACGACCUCGGCGAAUUGAAGUUGGCGGACUUUGGCCUGGCGAGAGCCAAGUCCGUCCCUACCAAAACAUACAGCAAUGAAGUCGUCACGUUGUGGUACAGACCUCCGGACGUGCUGCUCGGCUCCACGCAUUACUCCACACAAAUAGAUAUGUGGGGCGUUGGGUGCAUCAUGUACGAGAUGAUAUCAGGUCGCCCUCUAUUCCCCGGAGCGACGGUGGAGGACGAGCUCCACCUUAUAUUCCGCACCCUCGGAACACCGACAGAAGAGACGUGGCCGGGCGUCGAAGCCAUGCCUGAAUUUAAUAUGUACAGAAACGUUCAUCAUCCUGGUGAACCUUUGAUAACAAAGGCUCCUAGGUUAGGGCAGGACUCUGCGCUAUCGUUGCUCAAAAAAUUCUUAUUGUACGAGGCUAAGAAGAGGAUAUCAGCGGCGUCCGCCACCAAACAUCCAUUUUUCGAGUCGCUGGGUCCCGCCAUCCACAGACUCGGUGACCAGGAUUCUCUAUUCUCGUGCCCGGGCGUGAUGUUAACUAAGGACCACAACGCGGUUUACCGCUCCUCAAACGGCACUCAGAGCCGCAACAGACGUCAGAGUAUGCAUUUCUGACACAGGGGUGAUGCU